AUGACGUUCUCUGGAAAUAUGAAGGAGAGUAAACCGCGACCCGGGAAAGACGCAUGGGAGUCAGAGCUGGAAUAUGGAUGGUCACGGAAUGGCAACCAGCGGUGUGUGCGACACCGUGCGCCGGAGUCGACGAUGUCAGUGAGCAGUGACAUUAGAUUCACACGGCGCAAGCUGAGCCGGCCCUGCCGCGGUUGCUGUGCUGCGCUUGCGUCGCUACUUGUGCUACUGCUGCUUGCUGCAGUUGCAGUAUAUCUUGGACACAUGUACCUGUUUGGCGAUCCCCUUAACCGGCAGACGUUCCGGGGCUCGUUCGUCGUAAGCUCGUGGGGAGUCAGCGAGGGCGAAAAGGGCAACGACCUUGAACCCAGAACCAACAGGACACGAGAAAAUGAACUGCAACAGGCGCUAUACAACUUAUAUUUGAAUUCCGAAUUGAAGUCGUGUUUUGUUUCUGCUGACAUACUGGCUUUGGACAGUUCAGAAGAAGGCAUGCGUGUACACUUCGAGGUAUCUUUCGAGCCGAUCUUCACUGCCGUAAGCACUGCCGAGGUGACGGCAGUGUUGGCUCGGGAACUCACGGAGCCGACUGCAUACUUCAACAAAAUAAUCACGCUGCCAGAGACACUACAUAUCGAGGAGAGUUCAGUGAUUUCAUCAUUGGAGUUAAAAGAGACAGAGACUACGCCUAUUGAAGCCCCCACGACUGAACCCGUGACUCCUGAUGCCGUGGAGGAAGUCAGAGAGUGCUCCGCAGUGACGUUACCAUUAUGCUCACAUCUGCCAUACAACAGCACAUCAUACCCUAACCUGGUGGGGCACAUGUCAAAAGACGCACUGAUGCGAGACCUCGUGGCGUUCAGGGAACUUCUUGAUGCUGAAUGUUCACAUCUUGCACAGGACUUUGUAUGUCAAAUGCUCCAACCUCGGUGUUCGGAGGAUCGCCUAGUCCGGCCGUGUCGAGCUUACUGUCGUGCCUUCCACGCUGGCUGUGGUGCACGUCUACCGGACCGACUACGACCACAUUUCGACUGCGCACGAUUCCCCGACUACUUCGGCAAAGGAUCCUGCUCUCCUGAACCUGAAUGUUCUAGGGGUUUACAAAGACUAGCGCUGUCUCGCAGAGAGUGCGACGGAAUUCCUGAUUGUGCGGGUGCAGAAGACGAGCGCAGUUGUGCGCAUUGCUCUGGAGCAGGCGAGGGAGGCCUGCGCUGCGCCCUGCAUACUCGCUGCCUGCCCGCGCACCUGCGGUGUGAUGGUACUCCGGACUGCCCUGACGGAAGUGAUGAAGCUGGAUGCUUGUGGAUUGCUCGCUCCCUGUCAUCUUGGCGACGUGAGAACAGUGAAACUACCAUGGGUGCCAUACGCAGCCGUAGCGGCUACGCGGUGUGGGCGGAGGGCGGUCGUGAUGGCAAGAUCUGCGCGGCGCCCUACGAGCACGACAAGCGCGCGCUUACUAGUGUCGCUGCUUCUCUUUGUAAAGCGCUUUCUUUCAAGGCUGCAUUUAGCGCAGAAGUAGUGCCAGAUGCUGAAGAGGUGGACCAGGAUGGACCAGACCCAAAGAAAGAACAGCCCCAGUAUGUUGAAAUAGUAGACCCAUUCGCUCCAGAAAUAUCGUUCCUGAAAAGCGAUUGUCCAGAAAGAAAAGUUAUAAAGGUCAUUUGUGACCAUUUGGAAUGUGGUGUAACAUCGGCUCGGGGUGCUGCGUCUGCGGGUGUGGAAGGACUCCCGCGCUCCGCUCGGCCCGGCGACUGGCCGUGGCACGCUGCGUUACUGCGGACACACGUGCACGCCUGUGACGCUGCACUUAUACACCCUUCCUGGCUCAUCACUACAGCUUCAUGCUUCCAAGGACAACCGAAAGCUGAAUGGACUGCCAGGUUUGGUACUGUGCGUAUACAAAGCACGACACCCUGGCAACAGGAGCGACGGAUUGUUGGCAUGGUCCGAUCUCCUGUAGAAGGCAGCAUGUUGGCACUGGUACGACUGGAGGAACCAGUGGAAAUGACUGACUUCGUGAGACCUAUAUGUUUACCUGAGAAUAGUGUAGAAACCGCGUCACCUAAUGUUUGCAACACGCUUGGAUGGUCCAGAAAUAAAGAUCAACUGCAGAGAGUUCAUGUGGUAGCUAGUCCCAUGAACUCGUGCGAAAAUAUGAGCAUUGCGACUGCAAAUGGAAUAUGCGCUGAACCAUUAUACGAUCAAGACGAUUGUGACGAGGAGGAAUACGCAGGAAGUUCAAUGAUGUGUUAUAACGAUAAAACAAAACAAUGGUCCUUGAACGGUGUCAGUGGAUGGCGCAUUGCCUGCUCGAAAAUAGGGCUGGGCAGGCCUCGGAUAUACGACUCCAUAGUUUCUCACGUCGACUGGAUUCGACGAACUAUCUCGAAUUCAGCAAGAUGA